AUGAUGGUCACAUCCGAGAAAGGCGUCGACGCGAGUGCUGGCUACACGAAGUCACGCCUUGCGCAGCUGGAAAGCAUGCUACAAGAGCUAAGGAAGUGCGAGGAGCAUAAACGACAGCAGAACGUCGAAAGCGCGUCCGUCGCUGCGAAGCAGAAGCUGCUUGACGACCAACUGCUGCAGACCCAAGAUGAGCUUGCUGCGGCGCAAGCGAGCAAGGCCGAGCUGUGUGCGGAGAUCGGAGCGUUAAAACAAAGCAAGGAGCAUCAAGCCAAGCAAAUCGAUAAAUACAAGCUCGACUUGCAGGCUGCGCGUGAGUCACAAGCGGCAAUGACGAAGAAAAUGGGGGAGCUUGAGACUUCGACAUGGACAAUCAAGCAGCAGUACAUCCGAUCUCUUGCUUCGCGUAUCAAGACAAGUGCUCUGGUUCUUCAGCAGCUGAAUGGAACUAACGGGGUCGAGUUGAGAGCUCGGAUUGCUGGAACAUGCAGCGAGUGGGAGCCAACGAAACCCAACAAGCGCAAGCGUGUCAUGGAAGACAAUGUGGAGCAACAAGAAUGUGUAGGUGACGACAAGAUAUUGGCAGGGUGCGUAGUCUUCUUUGCACGUUCGUCUCACCUUGUUAUCAGCCGAAGCAAGCAGGAAUUGCUACGGAAAAAGAGACUGAAUCCCAAUCCCAAGAACAACAGCCAGAAAAUGUCGUAG